AUGAGCUAUAGUGAGACAGGAGAGACCUUACGAGUCCACUUUGAGGACUUGGGCAAGUGUUACACACACCUGACCAAGUGGUAUGGCUUCCACUCGCUCUGGUGGUGGGUUCGACGCCUGGGCCAGCUUUCAGUAUACCAGAACAUCUUGCAAAUUUUACACUACGCUGAUUCGUUGCAUGUCGCCCAGUUCACCGAUCACUGGCGCGAGUGCGCCCAGCGGCUGUCCCGCUCUGCGGGAGAGACAUCUGCUCAACCUGUAGUGAAUGCUGAUCACGAGGAGCAGCUACUGGCCUGGCUCGACCUGCACCUCUACAUCGUGUGGAAGUACCUCCAUGGGUUCCCGUUCUUUACCUUCAUCAGGCGCGAUGACCUCGCCACCAUGGACGACGAUGGCCACCCAGCCCUCUUCUCUGAAGACCAAUACCUCGGUCUUCGCUCCGUAAAGCAAGCGUACGAGUGGCAACUUCAGUGGACGACGAGGGGAUACCAGGCCUACCUCUUCUGGAACGCGCACGAGGCCGAGCUUGAGGGGAUGGGCCUGCUCACGCAGCGACUAAUGGACGACCGCACCGAGGCCGGCUUCCAGCGCUCCCUCGCGGCCCUCGUGACUGCCGUCAGAAACCACAGACGAAGGCAGCGGCGACGCGAGCCCUACUGUUUGCGUCCAUUAGCUCCCACGCCAACGCUGGCAAGGAUCGGAGCGAUGUUGACCCAGAUACAGACGAUGCUGGCCGGCGUCGUCAAAGAAGAAAGCAACGACCACGAUGAGUGCCCCCCUGCAAUCAAAGAAGACAAUGACGAAGACGAAGAAGACAGUGAAGACGACGAAGACGAAGAAGGUCAAUCGGAGCCGGAGGGCCAGCAGCAGGUCGACUACCUGCGCCGGGCCUCAAGAGAGCGAAGGAGAGAUGCGACCGCCUUUCCUCACUGGUUCCUCGGGCAAGAUGAGGCCUUCUCCAACGACCACAACCACCUCGCGCUCGCUCGUCUCUCGCCGCCCCCGAAGAGACGACGCAGACGAGGCGCACACCACACCAACGCCCCGUGA